GUCACUGGUUACGUGCAAUGUUACAGGAAGUUUGAUAGCAUGGUCGGAUCUGUCAAAUAGGAAAAAGAUUUUAAGUUUUGAAGUUACUAUUGCAGUGGAGGAAAACACGUAAAUAGUGUCAUACGGGACAAUUUUAAUGUAAUUCUUCUGUAUUAUAUCAGGAAUUUAAAAACGUUUUGCUCAAUGUAAAGGGGCGAAUACAGAGGAGAAAAGCAAGUUCAGGGUCCCGUACUGCUGCCGCAAUCACUCAACAUUUUAAUGUUCUGCACGGAUUAUUAGACGAUUUUAGCGGUUAUCGUCUGGUUUCGGUAGAAUGAGGUCUCUAAACAGCAAGGGGAGAUUACACCUUUUAUCUGCCUUUGGAAGUACACUGAACAGAAUCAGAAUUACUCAAUAUUUAAGUUGUGAAAAGGAGUCCGUUUUGCUUUUGAGAAGUUCACGAACGUUGGUCAGAGAGUUGAGCACCUCAGUUCAAACUCUGCAGUAUGACCUAAAAAAAUCAGACAUCAUUAAAUCUGGCAACAGGAAGUUAUUCUUUGACACUCAUGCAAUGGUUCAGCUGCUGGAGGGAAGCGAUUUCACAACCCAGCAGGCAGAGGUCAUUGUCAAGAUGAUGGUGAAUAUUACAAAUUCCAACAUGGACGUCAUGUAUGGUGACAUGGCGACAAAGACACAGCAAGAGAUCAUGUUACAGAAGGUUAUGUCGCACCUCACUGCUGUUAAAAAGGACAUGAUCAUUCUAGAGAAGAGUGAAUUCUCAGCGUUACUGGCAGAGAAUGAGAAAAUCAAGGUUGAGCUAUUGCAGCUAAAGAUGCAACUCACUGAUGUGAUGAACAAAAAGCGUGCAGACACCAUUUUGGAUUUGAAUAUAGAAAAAAGUCAUGUGAAGGAGAUGACUGCAGAAUUUAACAGGACGCUUCUUGGGACCAGGCAUGAAUUGAUGGAAAUGCAUUCUGAGCAGGAUCGGCAUGUGACACAGACCAACAUGAAAAUCGACACAGAAGUGGCUGGCCUGAAGACUUUGCUGGAGGCACAUAAACUGGAUUCCAUCAAAUAUCUUUUAGGUUCAAUAUUCACAUGCCUCACAGUUGUACUUGGAUUCUAUCGGAUAUGGAAGUGAAUGCCAAGAGACAUUGUUCUUCUUGAAAAUGAAAAAUAUAAAUAAAUAAUAAACUCUCAUCAGCCUCAACCCACUGGAAGAAUUCAC